CCGGGACCUGACCUUGCGUACGCGCGCCAUGACAUCAGAACACCCCCGGGGACGUCUGUUCAGUGGAUGAUGAUCCGGGGACCCGACCCGCAGGAAAGUUUGCUGGGUUGGCAAAACCCGGACGGUGGUUCUUGCGAUGCUAUUCUGCCGUACGCCGCUCGCUCGCUCGCUCGCUCGCCGCGCUCAACACCCGGCCUGCGCUCGUGGUGCGUCCUGGAAAACUGUCAGGGCGCGUCUGCGGGACAGAAGUUGCCCCCUUGUGAUCCUUGCAUCCGCGGGCCUGACGACGACCAACGAUCCCGGGAUAUCCGUUCUCGUUCUGCUGGUCGUUGGAGCACACAUGCGGCGCGCCUUCCGAUCGGAGCCCUCUGCAGACGGUCUCUCUGCGCACGCACGAUCCGAGUCGACGUCGUUGACGCGAGACGAUCUCCCCGCGCCCGCCCGCAAACUGACUUUGUACGCACUCGCGCCCGGUGUGCCUUCUGUGAAGAGCGAAGAACCCUUCCGCACAUCCCCGAGUACUUACAGAGAUGAGCUCUGGGAAACGGAGCUAUCGCAGCUGACGCGGACCGUCGGCGUCCUACCGCUCUGAGCACGCUCUACGAUCCACACACCUGAAAGUGCUAGUGUACCUCCGCGG